AUCAUGUUUGGUUUGUCGUAUGUAUUUUGUGGUACAGAUUCUCCACAACGCCAAAGCUUGUUGUAAAGAUCCAACGAGCUACAUACAAUUGUGCCUGAUAUCAGGAUAAAUUUUCGAUCUCUCAAUGUCGGCUAGGCUGUGGAGGUUAGGUAUGUAGAGUGUGGAAAGGAGCGAGUGGAAAUGUUUAUAUAUUGUUCUUGCCUCAUGCUGGGAUGUAACGAUUCUCUAGAUCGCUCAGGAUCACAAUUAGUAGAAGGUGCUCAGUCUUAUAUUCUUCCACUUCAUUAUCCUUCAAAAAUUCCAAAUGUUGUUCUCACGUCUCGCCUUCGCUCUAGCAGCUACCUCAACCUCUGCCUUCAGUAUCACAGAAUUCGCUCACUCUGGAGCGGCAGCUUUCAAACGCUUCAUACCUAGCAAGAGAAGUCCACUGCCUAUCGAGGAAAGAGGUGGCAACUGCCCGGCAGUAUGGACCAGUAUAGCGAGUGAUCUGACCGCCAUGUUCCUGGACACAUCUACCAAUCCCUCGCAGUGCAACGACGAUGCUCGCGCAGCGAUCAGAGAGGCUUUCCACGAUUGUGGAUCUUGGGAGACAAGCUUGGGAGCUACAGGAGGCUGUGAUGGCUCGCUCAUUCUCUCGGUUGGCAAUGAUGAGUUGGGUCGCGGAGAGAACAACGGCCUACAAGACAUAUCUGGGAAGCUGCUGGCUCUGCAGAACAAAUGGGUGGCAGUCGAUCCUUCAGUCACAGUAGCAGAUGUUAUCCAAUUCGCUGCUUCUGUUGCCAUCGUCACAUGCCCAGGUGGACCACAGAUCAAGACCUUUGUUGGCCGUAAGGACUCCACAACACCCGCGAAGGGCUCUCUCCUUCCAGAUGUCUUUGCUGGUGCAGACGAUCUUUAUGCACUUUUCCAACGCAAAGGCCUCAGUGCCUCUGAGCUUGCUGCUCUCCUCGGUGCACACUCCACCAGUAAACAAUUCCAUGUCCCAGGAGCACCAGUCAAUGCAUCUCAAGACAGCACCCCAGGUCUCUGGGACGUUAAGUACUAUGCUGAAACACUCUCACCACCAUCAAAUGUCUACGUCUUUCCUUCUGAUGCAAAGCUUGCUGUUCAUCCUACCGUUGGGAAGGAGUUCAAGGCAUUUGUUGGAGGACAGGCGAAAUGGACCGCUGCUUUCGGUGCUGCCAUGACCAAAAUGUCAUUAUUUGGUGUGGCGAAGGAUCAGAAAAUGAUCGACUGUACCAGCGCAGUACCCAGGGGGACCAGUAAGAGAGAUAUGCGUGCUUCACCUAUUAAUGAUCGUGUUCGCUAG